AAAAAAAUAAAAAAUAAUUUUGUAAUCGUAAAAUGUGUUCAUUUUGAAGGUUUAGGAAUUUUUUUUUGGUAGUAAUAAGAAAAAAUAAAAUGAAAAUUGGGGGCUGGCUAGGAGUUUUUCAAAUUUUUUUUUUUUUGGUUAAAUAGAAACGAGUCCUGAUCACUGAUCAGAUCCGCUGUGACUUCGACUUCUUUUGAGCAAUAAGAGAAAAUACCAAUUCUUGUAUUACUUAUUUGAAUCAAAUCCCGUCGAAAGAUUAAAUUCCCUUCUCCUUUCUUCGCUACUCUCUGCUUUUCCUGAGGCCAAAGGACGAUGGCGAAGAUGAUGAUGAUGAUGAUGAUGAUGAAGGCUGUUACGAUGUCGUUUUUGUUAGUUGUAACUCAGAUUCCAUUGGUGUUGGGUUUCCCAUCUACAGCGCCUGCUUUUUUCUGGUCUUCUCACCACGACCAUCGGUUUUCAAAAAACAGAAUGGAUGAAGCAGUAAAUUAUCAGACAAUUUCUUCAAGGAAUCUUGCCAGAUCUAUUCUGUCUGAAGGGGGCUGGUCAAACUUACUGUGCACAGAAAAGAAACUUCAGCAGUCUGCAGACCUAGCACUUGUUUUUGUUGGUAGAGAGCUGCUGUCCUCAGAUGUUUCAUCAAGCAAAAAUGCAGACCCAGCUCUUGUGAACUUGCUCAAGGUCUCUUUUACAAGGUCUAAUUUCUCCCUGGCAUUCCCAUAUGUUGCUGCAUCAGAGGAGGAGACAAUAGAGAAUUCUUUGGUUUCAAGUUUGACAGAAACUUGUGGGCAGGACUCAAGAAUCAAUAAUGUUGCUUUUUCAGAGUCAUGCUUAAUAGAGGGCGACAAAUUUCAAAAGCUUGCAGAUGUGCAUGCAGUUCAUGACUAUCUGGUUUCAAAGAUGGAAAAGAGAACAGAUGGGCAAGCAGAUCUGGUUGUAUUCUGCCAUGGAGGCUUGUAUUCUUCAAAAGGACUUGAGCAACCACAAACUGAAAGUGAAACUUUGUCUGAGCUUAUCAGUUCUGUGGACACACUAGGGGCAAAGUACGAAGUACUGUACAUUUCAGAUCCAUUUCGAUCAAUCCAGUAUCCUUCUCAUCGAGAACUGGAAAGAUUUCUUGCUGAAGGUACUGCUGGAAAUGGAUCACUCAAUUCCAGAAUUUGCGAUGAAGUUUGCAAGAUCAAAUCAUCUCUUUUGGAGGGAGUUUUAGUUGGGAUCGUUUUGCUUAUCAUUUUAAUAGCAGGCCUUUGCUGUAUGAUGGGCAUUGAUACCCCUACAAAAUUUGAGACACCCCAAGACUCUUAAUAGGUUUCCUGGCAGAUAAUACCUUUGUGUUCUGUACUGAGCCUUCUGUUCUUCGUACUGGUGUAACAGAUUAGUUGUCUAUAUCUAUUUGCAGUGAACUUAAAUGUUGCGCUGCGAUUUUAGUCCACUUGGUAAGGGCUUUAUAUGAUGUUGGUAAUGACGGAGUGCAGUAUUUUUUGUGUGGACAUCGUGUACCUUGUGUACUUUUGUUUCAUCCUUGUGCAAUGUAAUCAUUUGAUUCUUCGAGUA